AUGACAGGCACGUCACCUUUCACUGGUGCACAUCAGUCCCCAUCAUUCCAUUCCAACUCGUAUAUUCCGAAGAUGGAGGCCGAGUACCUGCGCGACUUCAUGUGUUGCGACAUAAAGUUGGACACCAUGCAUGAUCUACUCCGCCAUUACGAGACGGUCCACACGGGCCAGAAUACCCAGCUGAACCGAAACGGUAUCAGCGUGCAGAUGCCCCACCGACUCUCAGUCAGUAACCGACCGUCGAUGUCGAUAGGUAACGGACGACAAGACUCGCAAGGCUUCCAACACCAAGGACAACUAGGAUUCGGCCAGCAGAACAGAGCUGUAGGAAACAAUGUCGGCAUGGGUUUAGGUUUCGGCGGUAUGCAAAUGGGAAGACAAGGAUCCUCGAAGAUGGACUCGAACUCGCAGAAACGAUCCCAGCAAUUGAACCGAAUGCAGUCGAACGACGAGAUGGAUGCUGUUGGCGAUAUGGAAAUGGACGACGGUCUCGGAAUGAUGGAGAUGGAUGAUAGUCAGCGAACUAUUCAACAGACUCGACAGAUGUUUGGACAGCAACAGAGACCGCAGUUGCAAUUGACCACACCGGGUCUACAGCACCAGGCUCUUCGAACGUCGCAACCGCCGACACCAGGCUCCGCCAACUUUGGUUUCCAGAACAACCCUACUGUUUCGUCAGUCAACACGCCUACAUUGACAACACAGCAGGCUGCGUUAGGACAACAGAUGGGUGGUAACAAGGAUGGUAUUGACAUGGACUUCUCUUUGAACAACAUGAACAUGGGUAACGGUGGUGGUGUCUUUGAGGGAUCCAGUCUUUCGGAAUUUUUCAUUGACGACCCAGCUAAACGUCUCUACAGUCCGAAUGGCGGACCUGCAAGCCAGAGAGCGUUACAGCAGCAGAUGGCUCAGUUCGGAUUGGAUGCAAGCCAAUUUGGAAGCAAUAUGGAUCCGAACCACCUGGCAGCACUACAACGUGCAAUUGCCAACCCUGGAUCGAUGGUGAUGCCACCAGAAGAAGACAAACCAUUCAAGUGUCCGGUCAUUGGUUGUGAGAAGGCUUACAAGAACCAGAACGGCUUGAAGUACCACAAGCAGCAUGGACACCAAAACCAACAACUCCACGAGAAUGGGGAUGGUUCUUUCUCUAUCGUUAAUCCCGAGACAUCUGCACCAUACCCUGGCGAGACGGGCAUGGAGAAGGAGAAGCCGCACAAAUGCGAGUAUUGCCACAAGAGGUACAAGAACCUUAACGGACUGAAAUAUCACAAACAACACUCGUCACCUUGCGAGAUUCAAGCUCAAGCCGCGAAUAUUCGAGCAAACCUUGCCAACAACCAAAUGUCUUUUGGCAUGACAAACAUGGGUCACGGGUUACCCGGCAUAGGCGAAGAAAUGCAAUUAUAG